CAUGUAUGCACUUCGUGGCAUGACUUUAUACGCUACUUAUGGCUCCAACAACAUCAUACCUUCACAAAACAAAGGACAUAAUGGUGCAGAGCAUGUGGCUCGCCCCUCUCACCUCGCCGGCUGCGUGGACGGCCCAGGCCCAGACGAACUGCUCAGCGGCCUCUGUCUUCGCCGCUCUUUUGACGGCCAUCGUCACGAAAGGCAUUGCGACGGCUCAACAGAAGGCAAAGCAGACCAAGGACAUUGUUCAGGGCCCCUACGACUUCAUCGUGAUUGGCGGAGGGAGCUCUGGGUCCGUGGUGGCCAGUCGUCUCAGUGAGGUGUCGUCGUGGAAAGUGCUCCUGCUGGAAUCUGGGGCCGAAGAGCCUGACCUAGGCAUGGUCCCUGCUCUAUACAACCGGUAUUUAACAGGACCGUUCUACGACUGGCAGUACACAUCACAGAAAAGUGCGUGGGAUGCUGGCCGAUCAAUUUACAGAGGUAAGGUAAUGGGUGGUUGCAGCGCCGUCAACGCACUUCACUAUACGCGCGGUAAUGCCGGCGACUACGACCAUUGGCGCUCUCUCGGAAACACGGGCUGGAGCUACAAGGAAGUCCUACCUUACUUUAAAAAGUCCGAAAACAACCUUGACCCUGCUAUCGCUGCGGAUACUAUACAUCAUGGGAAGGGCGGUUUGCAGGACGUAAUGCUGGACAGCUACCUUGCUCCGAACACCCAGCUGCUUAUGCAGGCGUACGAGGAAGCCGGCAUUCCAAGCGUGCAGGACGUCAACGGGGCGAAGCAGAUCGGCGUGUCUAGGGCACCAUCGUCCUCCAAUGGCGAGCGCGUCAGCACAAACCGAGCGUUCCUCACGCCCGCCGUGCGAAAAAGGCCCAACCUGACGGUGCAGACCGGUGCAACCGUCAGGCGUGUCAUCCUGUCCAGCGGGCCGGGCAAGCCGCGCGCCGUGGCCGUCGAGUACGACGGUCCGCAGGGCAGGAAGACUGUCAAGCUGAACAAGGCCGCAGUGCUUUCAGCCGGCUCCUUUAACUCACCACAGGUAUUGAUGUUGUCGGGCAUUGGGCCUAAACAACACCUUAGUGAUGUCGGAAUCAAGCCAAUUGUUGAUUUGCCUGGUGUUGGGCAACGUCUUCAUGACCACAUGUAUGCCAAGGGGAACGUCAAGUUCCAGCUCAGCAAAACGGCAACUCUAGGGACACAACAGCAGCUGAUUUCCACUGUUUCCCAAUACGUCAAGCAAAGGAUGGGCCCUCUCACGGCAACUGGCAACCCGGCCAACGUUUUCUUCCGGUCCAAAUACCAAAAAGCCGGUGAUCCUCGCCCUGACAUACAAAUUCCAAUCGGCGGCUCCCAGUACCUGACUUCCAAAGGCAAAAACUGUGCCACACCCGAGACAGCUGGCACCUACUUUAACCAGCUUGGCUUUAACGCUAUAAACCUCCAUCCCAAGAGUCGUGGACAGAUCCUUCUAAACAAGACGGAUCCGUACGGAAUGCCCCUCAUCUACUACAAUAUAUUUGGCGACGAGUCGGAUCUAAAACCUAUCUACGAAGCCUUUAGACUCGCCGUCAAACUCAACUCUACAAAGGUAUUCCGCGACAAUGGCAUCACUAUGAGCCAUAAUGUGCCGUCGCAGUGCGCCAAGCUCACUUUCAACACCGACGAGUUCUGGAAAUGCACCUUCAACGGAGUGGGCUCGGCAAACGGGCACCCUACGUCCACGUGCAGCAUGGGUCCUGAUAGCGACAAGCUCGCCGUUGUUACGCCACGUCUUGAGGUGCGCGGCGUGUAUGGGCUUCGCGUGAUCGACGCUUCGGUGAUGCCUGGCACCCCGAGCGGCAACACCAACGCCGUCUGCGUCAUGAUCGGUGAGGUCGGGUCGGACUUCAUCAAGCAGGACUACAAGACCAGCGAAAGCGUUGCCUGACCAAUGCCCAUCAAUCCGCUGUUUGGAAGGGCACUCUACAGCUCGUUUCAUGAUUCUUUGGUGUCUGUGCUAUAUCACGAUCAAUAAAAAACGCCUGUAUCAUUUCAACACAA